UCUUCUUUUGGCAUUGGAUGGGUCAGCAGCACCUGCACCUGCACCUGCACCUGCACAUAGUUCUACACUUCUACUAAAACCAAACUCAUUCUCUGUGAAUUGUAACUGACGAGAAAAUGCUGUUUCUUCUGCAACCCCUCCCGCCAAUUUCUUCAUUUUCGACGUCCAGAAGGAGAGUAGAGCCUUCAUUUGCGGCGCACGAUAAUGCAAGAUGCAGAGGGAAAUUUCAUGUGGCGAGUGCUAGAAGCGAAGACGACUACCACGCUACUCUCAAGGCUCUUAAAUCAAGGGGCCUUACGCCUAGAAAGUCUCUUGGACAGCACUACAUGUUGAAUUCUUCCAUUAAUGAACAACUUGCAAGUGCCGCCGAUGUCAAAGAAGGAGAUGUUGUCCUAGAAAUAGGGCCAGGGACUGGUUCUUUGACCAAUAUUCUCAUAAAUGCAGGUGCAACUGUUCUUGCAAUCGAAAAGGAUCCACACAUGGCCUUGCAUGUGAGAGAACGGUUUUCAAGCAUUGAUCAAUUGACGGUUUUGCAAGAGGACUUCACAAGAUGUCAUAUACGUUCUCAUAUGAUUUCAUUGUUGCAAAAUGCAAAGUCAUCCGGAAGAAAUUCAAAAUAUGCAAAAGUAGUCUCCAAUAUACCUUUCAAUAUUAGUACUGAUGUAGUGAAGCAACUACUUCCAAUGGGUGACAUAUUUUCGGAAGUUGUACUCUUACUCCAGGAGGAAACAGCUUUACGGUUGGUAGAUGCAUCUUUACGGUCAUCUGAGUACCGGCCCAUCAAUAUCUUUGUGAACUUCUACUCAGAUCCUGAAUAUAAAUUUAAGGUCCUAAGGUCAAAUUUCUUCCCUCAACCAAAUAUAACUGGCGAUCGGUUAAUGACAGGGACCAACUUCACACUUUUUGAAAGUUUAGGUACUGCAGUGACACGUAUGAAAGUUCGGGUUGAUGCUGCUGUUGUUACAUUUAAGCUCAAGGAAGCUGCAGAAUAUCCACCAGUUGCCUCCACUAAAAGCUUCUUUUCAAUGGUCAAUUCUGCAUUCAAUGGAAAGCGUAAGAUGCUGCGAAGAUCACUCCAACACAUAUGCACAUCGCUUGAGGUUGAACGAGCUCUGGAAAGUGUUGGUCUUCCAGUUACAUCAAGACCAGAGGAGCUAACACUGGAUGAUUUUGUGAGACUGCAUAACCUCAUUGUGAAAGGUUAACAUUCUUGGCUGUGUCAAAGAACUGGUCCAACUGGUGGCAUCGUGGAGACGAGGCAUGCAAACUUCAAUAUUCCACAUAAUUGCGGAAACCGCACAAAUUUGACUGAGACAAGGAAUUCAAAUUUGAAAGUCAUACUCGUCUAAUAUGUUCUCUGGCCUAUAUGCACUCAUGUUGGGAAGGUUCAUAGGAACGUGGAUUCCAGUGUACUAGUUUCCCUGAACACUUUCAUUUGGGUGUCUUUGGAAGGAUAAUGGAGAUAAUUUGGAUUCCAGAGAAUUUUCCAAGAACCAGCCUGACCGCUUCUCAACAGGUCAGUGAAUGUGAAUGCUCGAUAUCCCUAUUUUUGCAACAUAAGGUCUUGUAUUAUCAUCAUGCACUAUUACCUCUUUAAACAAAGAACUAAAGAAAGAGAUACUGCUCCUUCUGAACUCUAUAUAUUUUUUUUAUUAAAGUUGUGUAAACUGUAAGUGUUCAGUGUUCACAUUGCCGGUUUAUUAUUAGAAAUGAAAUCCAAAUUUUCAAAAUAAGAAA